CGAUGGCGGUGGACCGCUAAACAAUCGACAUCGAAGUGAAGAUAAAAUAAGAAGAAGAAGAAAAAAAGAAUUAAACGAAAAUUAAUAAUAACAAGAAAACGGAGAGAAAAGUAGUCGGGCCAAAGUGUGGCCCACACGAUGUUCGAGCAGCCGAGUCUCAGCAUGAGAACCGGUAGUCCCGACGAGGACAGCGCUGCCAACGAGCUGGACAACUACUCGCUCAAGUGGAACAACCACUCGGCCAACUUCGUUCAGUCCUUCGAGGAGCAGUUUCGUCACGAUUCCUACGUCGACGUGACUCUUGUUUGCCUAGACGGCAUCAUCAAGGCCCACAAAAUCGUCCUCAGCACCUGCAGUCCAUUUUUCGCGCGCAUCUUUGCUGAAUACGAAUCCGACGAGCACGCGAUGGUUGUGCUCAAAGACUUCAGCAAAGAGGACCUGAGCAUCAUCGCGUCAUUCAUGUACCGAGGCGAGGUCUUUGUCAACUGCGAAAACAUGGCCUCAAUCCUGGCGAUCGCAAAGAAUCUCGAGGUCAAGGGCCUCGUGCGCCUGAUAAACGAGCACCUGGCUAGGCUCAAUGGCCCAGUGACCAUUGGAUCCCCGGAACCACUGAACGCAGCCUCCCCGACAGAAGCCAAGGAGGAGCACACGAGCGAGAUCACAAAAAUGGACAGGGACGGCGCGAUCAACUCCUCCGACGGCUCGAGUCCCCUCCAAUUGACCACGCGUGACGCGCAUGCGAGCCCCAGGGACCAGCAAACAGCGUCACUCCCAAGGCCUGGUACCAAUCACCAACAUCACCAUCACCACAGCAGUUCCGAGAACGUCGCUGCGAAUCUAAUGCCCAGGCGCAAACAGGCCCGACCGAGGAGGCGCUCCGGUGAGGACGGGCCUCAGGACCUGAGCAGCUCGAAGCACGUGGUCAACCUCGAGGUCGGCCAUCUCGGUUUGAACCACCAUCAGCAAAGCCCCCAAAGAAGCAGCCCGGACCAGUCCAGGCAUCGCUCGAGUCCGAUCGGCCAACAACACCUAUCCGAGGAUUUGGAAGAGGAGGCCGAGAACCUUUCGAUGAACAGGGACUCGGGACGAUCACGCUCCUCAUCGAGGUCUGCCCAGCCCACGGUCAAGUCAGAGGGUGAGGAGCCACGCAGCUGUCCGAGCACGCCCCGCACGGCUCACCAGCCCCACCCGAGCCCGAGCUUCGAAUACCCCGCGAGCGGACUGCAGACCAGCGCAGCUGGAGUCCCACUCUCGCCACCGAUGCACCACCCCAACGAGUACCUGAACAGCAUAAACCAGCUGGUGUCCCAGUGGAGCCCGGCCCAGUCGCAGGGCCACCACCAUCACCACCACCAUCAGCAGCAGCAGCAGCACCAACACAUGAGUGGCGUCCAUCCACGCCACCCGAGUGACGCCCCUGCAGGCCAGCAACAGCAGCAACCACCCCAACCACAACAGCCUCGGACGGCUGCCCAGCCCUACUCGGCUAGUGCGGGCUACCCGGGCGCCUCACCGCCCCUCGUGCCCCUGCCUGCCCCCUACGUGGAUGGGCUCAGCCAACAACCCGUGUUCUUUCAUCCCGGCGUGCCGGAGAACUUUAUCCAGAGCUUGUACGCCGUCGGUCCGCAGGGUCAGGCCCAGCUGCAGCUAGCCACGCCCCAGGGAGCGGCUCAGAUGGUGACGCCGAGUAUGCUCAGCGAGCAGGAGCAACCGAUCUCCGGAACACCGAACCGUAGGCCGAAAAAGUCGGGCCGUCGGCGGCACAGCGAGGGUUACGCCCGCCGCUGGCACGCCGAGCAGUCCGAGCUGGAUGCUGCAGGUGGUGGGCACGCGCGCCGCGCCAAAGGCCAACACAGCGCCCCCCGUGGCGGCCCACCGCGCUGCUGGACCAACUACGAUCUUUGCAACGCAUUGAGGCACGUCUGGGGCAAGAAGAUGACCACCAGCCAGGCCAGCCGGACCUUCAGCAUACCCUACAACAGCCUGCUCAUGUACGUGCGCGGCAAGUACGGCAAGAGCCUCAGGCUGGAUGAGCUCAGGGAUCUCAUCGAGCUCGAGAACAACAACAAUGUCAACCUCCAGCGCGCCCAGCAACACCAACAGCAACACCACCAUCCGCACCAGCAGCAGCAACAGAUCAACGGCAAGCGCUCGCACGCCAGGGCUGGACGGGCGCAUGCUCCUUCACCACCCCCCGCUCCUUCGGUGCAGCAGCAGCACCAGGUCGGUGCCCCGGCGACUACCCCGACCUCGGUGCCUCCGGCCGCGCAUCCCUUCUAUUUUCCGCCCGAGUUCGCCAACUACCACGUGCCGAUGAUGCAACACCUGAUUCAGCAGCACCAGCAGCAACAGCAGCAGGCCGACUGCGAGCUGGGCCGCCGGUCGCGGCGGGUCUCGCGCUCGCACAGUCGUUCGCGCAGUCGGUCGCGGCCCCGCAGCAAUGGCCACCUACUCCCCACGUCGGCGCCACCGGCAAGGACAUCGUCGACGCCCUCGGCGCAGCACUCGCAGCACCCCCAGCGGCCGUCCAGCCGGUCGAGCAACUCGAGCGACCGCUCGCCCCUUGCCCUCUCGCUGACGAGGCCGCACCUUCUGGUGCAGCAUCAGCACCAGGAAGGGAUCAGCGCCGAGGAGGAGCAGCUGCUGCGCCGGCGAAUUUGCGAGCAGCUCGAUUGAGACUGGCUGCCGCCGCAAGGGCGGGACCACGAGCUGCAACGGCACCAGAUCGGCGCCAACGACGACAAAGAGGAGCUGCAACUGGUGGCGGAGACGGAGGUCGCCGAGGCUGCCGAUUACACGACAAGACUGAAAUCGCAUCGCCAGGGUAACAAGCACGACGAUCUUCUUACACCCGAGGCCCUGCUCUAUUAUUACUAUUAGGCUUAUCGCUAUAUUGUAUACUUCAUUCAUUGAUUACUUGCGUAUGGUGUUUUUAAUCAUCAUUAUUAUCAUUAUUG